AUGCAUCUGUCUAAUGUGGUCACACAAUCUAUUACUAUUCCCCCGAAAUCAAGGGAACAUAACAUGGACACUCGAAUUUCGCAUAAAUCUAACAGGGUAGUCAAUGGAGAGGAAUAUCAGAAAUUGAAUGCCGUCCUCUCCUUACUCUUCCCCUCCACAGUUCAUGUGCAACAAUCCCAGAAUAUUACCGGCCGAACACACCUACUCCGCCAUCUACUCCUUUCAAAUGGGGCUCGUUUACUUCUCAAGGGCUCUCCUUCACGGGGAAUCCCUCUUCUUCGAAACGAACGCUAUUCUUUAGAGACAGAAGCCCGGUUCUUAGCUCUUCUAGGCCAAAGUGCCAACCCCUGCAUUCCACAACUCUACCAUUAUGACCCUCAAGGCAGGUUACUUGGAUCCGCCUAUUUAAUACGACAAUAUAUGAAAGGAAUAACUCUAUCAGAAAUAAAGACCGAAAUCACACCCCAACAACAAAACGACAUCGACCGGCACCUCGGGUUCCUGGCUAGUACAAUCGGUCAAAAUGUGGCACCAGCAUUCGGCUCACUACAACAAGUAGCCACAGGUACAGGAAGGCGCUCCUGGCGCGAAGUGUUUUGUGCCCUUUUCGAAAGUGUUCUCCGUGAUGCCGAGGAUAUGUUCAUUCACCUCCCCUACGCUGAUAUCCGCCACGAAGUGAGCCGGCUCUCUAUCGUUCUCAAUGAAGUUACAUUACCACGUCUGGUGGUCUUUGGGUUUGGACGACCGUCACAUGUCCUGCUGGAUGAGAAUUCUCAUCAGGUCUCUGGUGUGGUGGAUUUCAGUACCGCAUUUUGGGGCGAUGUGUUGAUGGCGGAGAUAUUUGAGAACCCUACCACUGCUGUGCUAGAGGGGGCUGGUUUACCAUCGACCAGGACUAAGUGGGAGGAGAUACGGCUAUUGAUGUAUUCAUGUUACCGACUGGUAACACAGAUCACUAUACAAUAUUAUCGCAAUCGAGAUGAGGCGAAGGAGUUUGAUGCGCGCCGAAAACUGCUGGCGAGGAUUACGGAUAUGGUUGCUUUGGAGCCAGUAGCACCUGCCAAUGGACAACGCUGA